UUUAUCCAGUUCAGACUUCUAUAUUUGCUUUGUAACAAGCUACCCACAAUGCAAUGCUAUGCUAUCUGGUUCUUAGCGGAGUAGCCAGAGACCAGAAAACAACAACAACAGCGUGAACGUGGCUCAACAACAGGCUAGCUAGGCCAGCUACAUGGACAGCGACCAUAGGGACCAGACUUUACAAACGCAAUGUCCUUAUCUCAGUUAUUUAUAAUAUAGCCGGAUAAUGUAAGUAAUGUAAUUUUUGGCGAGUACAAAUCAUAAUUACUGUUGCAUAUCGCGUUGCAUUGUCAUUAGUUGAACCCUGCUCUAGAGCAAGCUAGCUAGCAAUCGACUUCUCUCUAUGUUUGAAUAUCUUCCGGCGGCAGCGGCAGCAGCGGUGCCAUGAACAGUGGACUCCCAGCUUCAGCUGCUCCGCUCGGAGGUGUUGGAAUACCCUGCGUCAAGGUGAAGUUCUGCCGAUACUACGCUAAGGACAAGACUUGCUUUUAUGGAGACGAGUGUCAGUUUUUGCACGAGGAGCCGUCCAUGGGAAGCAUGUCCCUUCACGGCGGAGGAAGCCCUGUCCCUUUAUCCAUGGCUGGAGGAGCCGUGACUGCAGCGGGAUACCCGCUUAGUGCGCAACCGCCUUGCCCGGUCGGGGUACCCAACGUCCCCAAAAAGAACGACUCUAUGGGUUCUGCAAGCACGACUCUGGAGGGACAGCUGUUAACCAUCCCUGGGAUGGAGGGAGGAGCCCUGAGUGAUGCCAAUUUGACAAACUCCUACUUCAGCAGCAGCUUCAUCGGGGUCAAUGGCUUUGGGAGCCCUGCAGAAUCUAAAUACUCAAUGAUGCAGAGAAUGACCAGCAGCAGCAGUUCUCCUAGUCUCCUUAAUGACGGUGCCAAGAACUUCAGCCACAGCGCUCACGAUCUAUUCCAUGGAAUCCUCGCAGUUGGACCAGGUCAGAGUUGUGGGUCGAUGGAAAGCUCCCCUUGGACAACACAAUCUUCAUUCCCUCUCCCUCUAUGUCCUCUUCCAGAUCCAGUGAAUUCCCCCACAUCCUCACUCUUCAGUGACUUUGGUGCUCUGAGCAUAUCACAGAGAAGAAAGGCUCCCAACCCGGCAGCCAGCGAGUUCAUCCCUAAGGGGGCCCCACGCAUGGCUACCAUGGUCCAGUCCAGUGCCCCGGCUUUCCCCUCACCUCUGUUCCCCCACCCAGGGCUCAGUGGCUCCUCUGCUGCUGCCCUUGCACCUGGGAUGUCUCUCUCUGCAGGGUCCUCCCCCCUCCACUCCCCUAAAAUCACCCCCCAUACGUCCCCUGCCCCACGCCGGCGCAGCCACACCCCAAACCCCAACAACCCCAACCAGGCCAACUACAUGGUGCCCACCAGCGUGUCGGACCAAGGGGCCCACAUCAUCCAGAAGGAGACGGUGGGGGGGACCACCUACUUCUACACCGACAACAGCCCCGCCCCCAUGGCCGGGAUGGUGUUUCCGACCUACCACAUCUACCCUCCCACUGCCCCCCAUGUGGCUUACAUGCAGCCCAAAGCCAACGCUCCGUCCUUCUUCAUGGCCGAUGAACUCCGACAGGAGCUGAUAAACAGGCAUCUGAUCACCAUGGCUCAGAUCGACCAGUCGGAGAACCCAGGUGUUCCGUCAGAGGUGGACAGUUACCACAGCCUGUUCCCGCUGGAGCCCCUCCCCCCUCCCAGCCGCCUGCAGAAGACCAGCAACUUCAGCUACAUCACUUCCUGCUACAAAGCUGUCAACAGCAAAGAUGAUCUGCCUUACUGCCUGAGGAGGAUACAUGGUUUCAGGUUGGUGAACACCAAGUGCAUGAUGCUGGUGGACAUGUGGAAGAAGAUCCAGCACUCAAACUCAGUCUCCCUGAGGGAGGUGUUCACCACCAAGGCCUUUGGAGACCACUCGUUGGUGUUUUCCUAUGACUUCCAUGCCGGGGCAGAGACCAUGUUCAGCCGGCACUUCAAUGACCCCACCACCGACUCCUAUUUCACCAAGAGGAAGUGGGGACAGCACGAGCCCCCUCCACCGCGGCAGCACGCUGGUCUCCUCCCCGAGUCCCUGAUCUGGGCCUACAUCGUCCAGCUGAGCUCGGCCCUCAGAACCAUCCACACCGCCGGCCUGGCCUGCCGGGUUAUGGACCCCAGCAAGAUCCUCAUAACCGGCAAGACCAGGUUACGGGUGAACUGUGUCGGAGUGUUUGAUGUCUUAACCUUUGACAGCAGUCAGACCAACCAUCUGGCCCUGAUGCCUCAGUACCAGCAAGCGGACCUGAUCUCCCUGGGCAAGGUGGUGUUGGCCCUGGCGUGUAACUCUCUGGCUGGCAUUCAGAGAGAGAACCUGCAGAAGGCCAUGGAGCUGGUGUCAAUCAAUUACUCAUCAGACCUCAAGAACCUCAUCCUCUAUCUGUUGACUGAGCAGUCGCGGUUACGCAGUGUUAAUGACAUCAUGCCGAUGAUCGGAGCUCGGUUCUACACACAACUGGAUGCAUCACAGAUGAGGAAUGAUGUCAUCGAGGAGGACCUGGCUAAGGAGGUGCAGAAUGGCCGUCUCUUCCGUCUGCUGGCCAAGCUGGGCACCAUCAACGAGAGGCCGGAGUUUCAGAAGGAUCAUACGUGGUCCGAGACAGGCGACCGCUACCUGUUGAAGCUCUUCAGGGACCACCUAUUCCACCAGGUGACGGAGGCUGGGACCCCCUGGAUAGACCUCAGCCACAUCGUGUCCUGUCUCAACAAACUGGACGCGGGCGUGCCUGAGAAGAUCAGCCUGGUGUCUCGUGAUGAGAAGAGUGUCCUGGUGGUCACCUACUCCGACCUGAAGCGCUGCUUUGAGAGCACCUUCCAGGAGCUGCAGCAGGCUGCCACAGGCCCCGUGUAGCGCCCACUGCUGGCAGCAGGCUGAGACUGCCUGAACUGGACAGCACAUUAUUGCACUACAGCGGAGGACCGGGUGCAUAUUGAUGACAUCAUCAGCGUGGCGAGAAAGGCAGGGGGGUGGGACUUGCUGGACCUCAGUCACAUACACUGUCUUGAAAACCAGGAAGGCUUUUCUAAAGGUUAUUUUUUUAGUUUUUCCUAAAACCCUGCAGCUGGACAAAUAAAUUACGGAAAAAACGGAAGCUGUGACGAUGAUGAUGAUAACAAGGAUGAGGAAGGAUGAAUUUUUUUUAGACUUUGGGAACAAAACGAAUACUAAAAAAAAAA